AUGCGGGGUCAAAUUGUCUUUGUUGCCCUUGGUACUCGUGCGGUUUAUGGUUUCAAUCGCGUACGCUGCAGCCUCGCCCCACAACAAACUAGACACGACGCUGCUGUACAGAACCUCUCUUACCUCAGCUUUGCAACCGAAGCCGCGGCCAAAACGGAGCGAUGGGGAGCAGCUAACCCCUUUGGAUUGGCUGUUCCGCUGUGUGGUACGCGCACUACAAGCACCAAUGAAGGCGAAAAUAAUGCACUCAGCUGGGCUGGGCUUCGUGGUAUGGUUGUGCCUUCAGCCGUCAUCGCUUACUGUGAAAGAGUAAUGAAAACGCUAAAUUCUGGACACGAGCGCGGAGCUGCAUGGACAAAUGCCCAGUGCAAUAUUUCUCCACGAGCAAAAGGGUACGUGAAAUCUAAACUCGAAAAGGUCUCGAAACUCACCGUGCAAAAAAAACGCGGAUACCGUGUUUUACGUUGUGGAGCAGAGAACACCUUUGUCAACCGCAAAUAA